AUGUUUCACACACUGACUUUUAGAAGUGUUGAUACCGCUCUCUCUCUGUUCAUAUCUAUGUAUCUCUCUGUUCAUAUCUAUCCAUGUAUCUCACUUUGUCCAUAUCUAUCUAUCUAUCUCUGUCCAUAUCUAUCCAUGUAUCUCACUUUGUCCAUAUCUAUCCAUCUAUCUAUCUCUGUUCAUAUCUAUCCAUCUAUCUAUCUCUGUUCAUAUCUAUCCAUCUAUCUAUCUCUGUUCAUAUCUAUCCAUCUAUCUAUCUCUGUUCAUAUCUAUCCAUCUAUCUAUCUCUGUUCAUAUCUAUCCAUCUAUCUAUCUCUGUUCAUAUCUAUCCAUCUAUCUAUCUCUGUUCAUAUGUAUCUAUCUAUCUAUCUCUGUUCAUAUCUAUCCAUCUAUCUCACUCUCUUCAUAUCUAUCUAUCUCACUCUCUUCAUAUCUAUCUAUCUCACUCUCUUCAUAUCUAUCUAUCUAUCUAUCUCACUCUCUUCAUAUCUAUCUAUCUAUCUAGCUAUCUCACUCUCUUCAUAUCUGUCUAUCUAUCUCACUCUCUUCAUAUCUAUCUCUCUCUCUCUCUCACUCACUCUCUUCAUAUCUAUCCAUCUUCUUCUCCGGGCGUCGAUUCUAACCCUUCUGAACUUUUCUCUUUCUCUUCCUUCUCUCGUUUCUUCCUCUCUUGUUCUUCCUCUUUCUUCCUCUUCUUCUCUUCCUCUUUCUUUCGUUUCUCUUCCUCUUUUUUUCGCUUCUUCUCCUCUUUUUCUUCCUUCUCUUUCUUCUCCUUUUCCUUUUUCGCCUCGUCCGCUUCGCCUUGAGCUUUUUCCGUCGUUACUCCGGUUUUUACCUGGGCGGACGGUCCUGUACUUGAACCCGUUCCGCUACUGUCGAGUCGUGGUCGUUGUGGUUGUGGUCGCUACCGCUGCUGUUACGGUCGUCACAGUGGGGGACGUCAAUGGUGGGGUAGUUGGGGUCGAUGGCGGUGCUCUGGACGGUGGAGCCGGUCUGCUCGAUAUCGCCGGUGGGGAUGACGUUCUUUCGCAGACUUCUCUUUCUCCUCCUUGGCUUCGUAUGAUUCUGCUGCCCGAAGAAAAAAAAAUCUGUUACUCUAAUACAUCGGCCCCCGCCCCUGUUUUACCCACAAAUUUCCCCCUCCCUUCUCUUCGUCAUCUUUUACAAUUUACCCAACACCCUUUAUCCUCGGGUUUUGAUGAUGACUGUGAUGAUGGUGUCUCCUCAUCUUACGGCACUUUCUUUCUUUCUUCCUUCUCUUAA